AUGGCAUUCAUUUUGCUCACGCUUUCCACGUGGAUUUCCGUGGAAUGUGCACGAUGGGGAGGUCCAUCUGUCGGUGGGACCAGCCCGGCGGUCCGCAACAAACACACGGGCGUGAUGGACAGCGCUGGCAAGUUGUGGAUCUUCGGUGGUUGGGGGUCCGGGAGCGGCUACCUGAACGAUGUGCACUAUUUGGAUACCCAGGAUGGUACUGGCACGCCGACGUGGGUGACUCCGUCUGUCAGUGGCACUAGUCCCACUGCGCGCGAGGCUCACACAUCGGUGAUGGAUGCUAGCGGAAAAAUGUGGGUCUUUGGUGGAACUGAUGGAAGUGCUGUCCUUGAUGAGGUGCAUUCUUUGGACACCCAGGCCGGAACGCCAAUUUGGACAACGCCAUCCGUCAGCGGCACCAGCCCAUCUGCCCGUCAGCGCCACUCAGCAGUGAUGGACGCCAGUGGCAAGAUGUGGGUAUUUGGUGGAUGGGAUGGCAGCGGUUACUUCAACGAUGUCCACUACUUGGACACCCAGGCCGGCGCUCCUACAUGGACAACUCCUUCGCCGAGUGGCACCAGCCAACAAGCCCGAAAUGGACACACAGCGGUCAUGGAUGGCGACGGAAAGAUGUGGGUCUUUGGUGGCUGGGGACCUGCAAGCGGCUUCUUGAAUGAUGUUCACUACUUGGAUACCCAGGCCGCUACCCCAACAUGGGCGACCCCAUCCGUGAGCGGUGCACCCCCAACCGCCCGAGAAAUGAUGACUGCAACAAUGGAUGGCAGUGGAAGGAUGUGGGUAUUUGGUGGCAAUGAUGGCACCAGCACACUUGAUGACGUCCAUUUCUUGGAUACGCAGGCGGCCAUGCCAACAUGGGUGACUCCUUUGCUCACCAGUUCCAGUCUUUCAGGCGGAAUUUCAGCCCGGUAUUCUCACGCAGCAGCUUACGAUGGCGGAAAGAUGUGGGUGUUUGGUGGCUAUGAUGGUGGCAGUUAUCUCGACGACGUGGGUUACUUGGUGGUGGAGGCUGAAAGUGUGACAUGGGCAGAUUCACCUCUGGAUGGUGUCGAACCUGUCGACAGAUACAAACAUACAGCUGUGAUGGACUCCAACGGAAAGAUGUGGCUCUUCGGUGGCUAUUCAUACUCGGGUUAUUUGAGUGAUGUGCACUACUUGGACACACAGGCAACUACACCAACUUGGACAACUCCGUCCACAAGCGGCUCUAGCCCUUCUGCCCGGGAGGACCACUCGGCAGUGAUGGAUGCCAAUCAGAAGAUGUGGGUAUUUGGGGGUACUGAUGGAAGCAAUCUCAAUGAUGUGCACUAUUUGGACACAGAGGCCGCUACACCAACCUGGAUAACUCCGUCGGUGACUGGCACCAGCCCUUCUGCCCGGAAACGCCACACUGCCGUGAUGGACGCCAAUGGAAAAAUGUGGGUAUUUGGCGGCUACAGCGGUAGCUAUCUCAAUGAUGUCCAUUAUUUAGACACCCAGGCCGGCACUCCCACAUGGACGACUCCGUCAGUGAGUGGCAACAGCCCAGAAACCCGAAACAGGCACGUCAGUGUCAUGGAUGGCAAUGGAAAGAUGUGGAUAUUUGGUGGCUGGGGGCCUGGGAAUGGCUACUUGAAUGAUGUGCACUACUUGGACACCCAGGCAGCUACACCAACUUGGACGACCCCGUCCAUAAGUGGGACCAGUCCCACUGGUCGAGAGCGAUUCGCAGCGGUGAUGGAUAGCAGUGGAAAGAUAUGGAUCUUUGGUGGUACCGAUGGCAGCAGAGUCGAUGAGUUGUACUGUUUGGACACUCAGGCGACGGGCGCACCAACAUGGAUAGCUCCCCUGGAGAGUGGCAGGGGCCCUUCCAGCCGAUAUUCUCUAUCUGCUGUCUUGGACAGCAGCCGGAGGAUGUGGCUGUUUGGCGGCGGCUUUGGCGGCAGCAGCUACAGCAAUGGUGUGUAUUACUUGGUGGCGGAGGCAGAAAGUACAACGUGGAAGACUCCAGCAGUAAGCAGCGCCAGCCCAAUUGGCCGCUCUGAACACACAGCUGUCAUGGACGCAAGCGGACGGAUGUGGAUAUUCGCUGGCUGGGAUGGUUCCAGUCGCCUCAAUGAUGUCCACUACUUGGACACAAAGUCGGCGCCUGCAGCAUGGACGACUCCAUCUUUAAGUGGCUCCAGCCCUUCCACCCGGGACGCACUCUCAGCAGUGAUGGACGCCAGCCAAAAGAUCUGGAUAUUUGGCGGUGACGAUGGCAGCAGUUUUCUCAACGAUGUGCAUUAUUUGGACACACAGGCGGCCACACCAACAUGGACGACCCCAUCGGUGGCUGGCACCAACCCCACCGCGCGCUAUCGCCACACAGGGGUGAUGGAUGCCAGUGGAAAGAUGUGGAUAUUUGCUGGCAUUGACAGCAGUGGCUACUUGAAUGACGUGCACUACUUGGACACCCAGGCCGGCACACCCACGUGGACGACUCCGUCAGUGAGUGGCACCAGUCCAGAAAUCCGAAACCGGCAUGUCGCCGUCAUGGACGGCAAUGGAAAGAUGUGGAUAUUUGGUGGCUGGGGACCUGGGAAUCUCUACCUCAAUGAUGUCCACUGCUUGGACACGCAGGCUGCCACACCAACGUGGACAACACCGUCACUGAGCGGCACCAGCCCCAGUGGUCGGGAGCAACUCACAGCGCUGAUGGACUGGAGUGGAAAGAUGUGGAUCUUUGGUGGUACCGAUGGCAGUCGUUUCAAUGAGCUGCAUUACUUGGACACCAAGGCUGGCACACCAACGUGGUCGACUCCCUUGGUAAGUGGCACCAUCCCAUUUGUUCGGCGAGCUCAUUCGGCAGUAUAUGAUGGAAAUGGAAAGAUGUGGAUAUUCGGCGGAAAGACCGACAGCGGCUACGUAAAUGAAGUGUAUUGCAGAGAAGUGUCAACUACAACCACGACGAGUUCAUCGACGACUAGUUCGUCGACGACUAGUUCGUCGACGACUAGUUCAUCGACAAGUACGAGCACCAGCACGACGGCCACAAGCUCCAGCAGCACUUCAUCCAGCACUAGCACAAGCAGCACAAGCAGCAGCGCCAGCACCAGCACUUUAACAAGCGUCACCAAGACAGUCACCACCACAACCAGCGAGACAACCAGCAAAACAGCAAGCACGACCACCACCGUAAGCAGUAGCAGCAGCAGUACCAGCGUCUCAUUUAGCUCAACUACCACGUCAAGCAGAAGCACUUUCACGUCAUCUAGCCUGACUACCAGCACAAGCAGUGCCACAGUGAUUACUAGCAUGAGCAGUACCAUAUCAGCCACAAUGACAACCGGCACAAGCACCGUAUCAGCCACAGCCAGCACCAGAAUAUCAGCAAGUACAACUUCUAGCACAAGCACCACCACCAGCACUACAUCCAUCACGACUAUCACUAUUACCACCACCUGUACUACAACUAACAACGCAACUACUCUUUCCACAGCAGCCAGCAGCAAAGUCAAUUUAGGAACAGAAAGCUAUACUCGGCUGCAAUUGCGAGAAAUGGAAGAGCAACGACAAGAGCAAGCACGACUUGCCGUGUUAAACCUGGACGCAACAGAGUCUGAGGUUGUUCAGCAGGUGCUCUCCAACUUAUCCAAUUCAAAUGACGGAUCCACCCUUGCCUUUCUUCUGGAAGAAACACGGGUGGGACCAACAACCUUUGCAGCUUUCUCUGCAGCCUUCUCAGAAGCGUGGCCCGACUCUUUCACCAUUCCUGCCAUUGGGGGCAUCGUGGAGAUCAGUAGGGAAGUGAUGCAGGAGGUCACAUCAGAGGCUAAAAUCGAUGGACCUGUCCUCGUGUCCAUCACCACCAUCAAUGAAGAGCUCUCCGCAGCCUUCAGGAGUGACGAGGCUCUGGGCCUCCGCGAGACAUACUUUGAGCUCAGAUCCAAGCUGCUCAGCGUGAACUUUUGGAAUGAAGAGGGCAGACGCCUAAAAGUCACCCUGAUGACGCCUAUCACGUUACAGCUUGUGGACGUUGAAGAUGAAAAUGCAACCUGUGCGUUUUGGGAUGCAAGAGCUUCCAGGUGGUCAAAGGAAGGAAUGGAGACUUUGCCAUCAGACCCAACCACACUUCGAUGCAAUGUCUUUCAUUUAACGACCUUCGGAGCCGUUACCAACCGCAUAGCGCGAAACAUUGAGUUGUCCUUCCAGUGCAGCACCUUUGCCUCGCUCAUGGACGAGUCGGCCUUUUCAAAGCUUUCAGAACCCAAAUGGCUUCAGCAUUCAUCUGCAAUUCUGAGCAUUAUUUUCCUGAUCCUCAGCCUCACUGCGAUGUCCAUCGCUGUGUGGGUGGAUUGGAGGUCCAAAGAUAAACUUCCACAGCACCAACGAGAGAUUCUGCUGAUGCGUGUGAACGCUGGAGGUCGCGGCCGAGGUGCUAAAAAGGAGAAAGAUGCAACCGCUGACGACGCACAACAGGAAACGCAGCAGGACAUCCUGGAGCACCCCACGUGGCGCCAAACGUUGCGGGCGGCCUGUGGCAAUUGCAUGGAGUUCCUGGGCCACGCCACAGGCGACAAUGCCAUCGAAGGUGUCAAGGAGCUUUGUGCGAACGCAGAGGCCGCUUCUAUCAACAAAUCGAUUUCCAUGUUGCAGAGUCACAGGAGCGGAGCGUGCCAAAUCACCAUAAAGGUCCUUGAGCAUGACGAGAGCGAGCCGGUGAAGAGAAGUCGCAGCCGCAAAGUGUCGCUGGUCCGCGGAGCUUUGUCGGUCCGGCAGGAGUCCUCCGUCCAACACCAGAUCUCCAAGGCUGAUGUCAUCUAUAUGAAAUCUGCAGAGGUUGGAGCAGGAGCAGCAGAACAAUUCCUUCGCAGCAAUUGCUUUGGCCGCAUUUGCGCUCUUUUCCCUGCGGUCCAUGCCUAG